CUCCAGAGAUCAUUCUUGGCCUGCCUUUUUGGGAAGCCAUAGACAUGUGGUCGCUGGGAUGUGUGAUUGCUGAGCUCUUCUUGGGCUGGCCCCUCUACCCAGGAGCCCUCGAGUUUGACCAGAUCCGCUUCAUUUCUCAGACGCAGGGUCUGCCAGGAGAGCAUCUGUUAAAUGUGGGGACGAAGACGUCUCGCUUCUUUUGCCGGGAGUCAGACUCGCCGUAUGCGGCCUGGAGACUUAAAUCCACAGAAGAGCACGAGACAGAGACGGGGCUGAAAUCAAAAGAAGCCAGAAAGUACAUCUUCAGCUGUUUGGAUGACAUAGUGCAUGUGAAUCUAGUGAUGAAUCUGGAAGGCUGUGAUUUGUUGGCAGAGAAGAUUGAUCGUGCUGAGUUUGUGGGUUUGCUGAAGAUGAUGUUGUUGAUAGAUGCAGAGGAAAGAAUCGCCCCAAGUGAUGCCCUUAGCCAUCCUUUUGUUACCAUGCAGCACCUUUUAGAGUUCCCCCACAGCAACCAUGUCAAAUCGUGUUUUCACAUUAUGGACGUGUGCUGCUCACGACCAGGCAGUUAUGAGUCUCUCAGUCGGACCAAGGCUUCGUUUGUCAGGACUGUCCCGGGCACAGGUGCAGCGCCCAACAUUACCCUGCCCUUCUGCAAGGUGACUGGCAUUCACACUCAGGCUUUAGCCUCAUCCGGUCCUUCAGUGAUGCAUCCUGGAAUACCUCUCCAGACAGGAAGUGCUCAGUUUGGUGACUCUUUUCAACAGGCGCUUAUUAUCUGUCCCCCAACCUUGCAAGGUCUCCCACCCAACCCAAAAAAGCCAACGGGAUACUCGGUGCGUAUGGAAAGUACAGUACCACUGGUGACACAAGCCUCUGCCAUCCAGCCUCUACAGAUCAGACCAGGGGUCAUUACACAGCAAGCAUGGUCAAGUCAUGCCCAACAGAUCCUGGUGCCCACCUGGCCUCAGGUGGUCCCGGUGGCACCUGUGGUGCCUUCAGCAACAACAAUGGCCUCAGAAACGGUGGCAGGUCCACAAAGACUAGCGGAUUGGGGGAAAGUUCAUUCCCUUGGCAACCAUUACAGCUCCAUGAUGCCCCACCACCAGCCACUGUUAACCAACCCAAUGGCCAUGUCAGCUCACCAGCCUAUCAGCAUAGGGAUCGCUCAUGUGGUGUGGCCACAGCCAGCUUCUAACAAGAGAAAUAAACCAUAUUCAAACAGAAGUAACAACUUCAUGCACAGCUCCAAUUCCCAAAACUCAUCAUGCCAGUCCCCAAAGAUGGUAGACAGUGUCAAAAACACAGAGGAGGAGGCAGCGGAUUGUGUAGUGGAGGCGGAGUCAGAGGCGGUGCCAGAGGAGGAGCCUGUGUGCUGUAAAGCAGAACCAGAGUAUGAGGACUCAACUGUGUCUCAGAAGCAGAGACAGACCAUUGUGAUCGCCGACUCUCCGAGCCCUGCAGGCAGUGUCAUCAGUAUCAGCAGUGGAACAGAUGAGGAGGGGCCGGACACUCAAAAACAUUCACUAGAGUGCAAGGGUAGCCCGGAGUGUGAGGCAUGUCAGAGCACACUGAAUAUGGAGCGUGUGUGUUCCCUUAGCAGUCCCGAUUCAACCCUUAGCACCAGUUCAUCUGCUUCAGAACAGUCCAGCGCCUCCCCCUGCAAGAGACCCAACAGUAUGUCAGAAGAUGAGCGUGAGAGUGGAUGUGAUACGGUAGACGGCUCGCCCGCGUCUGUGUCCUCCUGUCGAGCUGACAGCCCCUUCCUGGAGGCCACCUAUAUCAAUGACAACAACCAGAACUGCAAAGCCAAUGGAACCACAGAGGCUGAGUCUACCAAACUGCCCGUCCGCACCAUGGUGGUGCCGCCCAUGCGGGUUCAGAAUAAUAAGCCGAUGGGCCGCACAGAGCCAUCAUGCCCCCCCAAAGGCCGCAGUGGUUCCAACAGACAGCCGCCCUACUCGACGUUACUGGUGAAUCGCCAACAGAAGACCGCACAGGCUUUCGCGCCCUUGCAGCCCUCUCAACAGCAGCUCCCCUUUGGACAGGUCCAGCAUUAUGGGUCGUCCCACCAGGAGUGGAACGGCAACUACAGCCACCGCCGGCCUCAAGCGUUCAUCCCGCCCACCAUUCAUGGCCACAAAUUCACACUGCCUCAUGGCAGUCCCACCCACACAGCCCACCCUCCUCAAACACACCUGGGUGUUCACCCUCACACCCAGCCGACUUUACUGUCCUACCCCCCUUCAGGGCCCCUGGUGACAAAUGCCUCAAUGGCCCACCUCUUGGCUUCACCUGGGGUGACACGGAAUCACGUCUUUCAGCCGGCUUAUGGCCUCUCCCAUCCGGCGGGACACCUUGUGCACCAGGUCACUGUGGGUCUCAGCCGCCUCUUGCCCUCUCCAACCCUCCACCCUCAAGGCCAAUUCAAGCCUCUGUUCCCCCCACACUCCUUCAUCGCAUCACCUGUAUAUGCAGGCUUCCCGCUUAGUCCCACCAAACUAAACCAGUACCCGUACAUCUGAGACUCGCUCUGCAACCCUCUGGAGGGCCGCCGACACGGACGUAACACCAGGUUCUCUGUAGAAGCCACAUACCACCUGGUUCUCGCACCUAAAGCCAUGGCGCAAGAGAGAAAGAAAGUAGUUUCUUUGAAUCCCGUAGACUUAAUUGAGCGCAAUUAAAAUGAGCUUUAAAAGAGGAAAGGUUUGGAAAGUCUUUAGCAAGUAGGUAAAGAAAGCGCACGGUUGAGAAGCAAGUGAUUGGAUAAAUAAUAAAAUUUUAAAAAACUGUUUUGCACAUUUGAUACAUCACCUUAUCGGAUUUUCAGAUCUUCAGAUUUUAGCACUCCUCUAAUGAAAAUCAACAACGGACGGUGUCCAAAAUCAUGUGAUGGUCAACUUAUUUUUAUACAUUGCCUUUACCUUGUAUACAACACGUUUGUUUGUAAAGACAGCCCUGUAUGUUGUUCACAACAUAAAAUGUGUCCACUUGCCGUGUUUUCUUGCGUUCCAAGUAUUUGUACUUUUCUCUGCGUCUUUGGUGUCGUUUGGAAUGGAGUCGUUCGUCACAUGCUGCAUGUGUUGCAUGAUGUUGAUCAGAGAGAAGCUUGUAGGGGCUCUUGACGUGUCUAGAGGCUCGCUGCAUUGUUGUCCCCAGCCAUAGUGCCUUAUAUAUCAGCAGUCGUUCGUGUUCUACUACACUAUCUCUCUGUGUGUAUAUACAAUGUGUUUGUGUGCGUACGUGUCCUGGACUGCAGCAAUUGCAAUUCAAAUCAGUCCGUGCAUUCUUUGUGUGUGCGUGUGUAUAUGUAUUACGUAUAUAUACACACUGGUGUAUUAUUUCAUGCAUAGAUAGGCAUCAAUGUACUGCAUUGCACAAACUGCAGUGCUUAUUUUUGGAUCCAAUGUAUAUUUGAGAUGUAGUGAGUUAAUUUUUGCAUAUUUUCUUCGGAAGACGGCAUGCUUUUGCUGCUGCAAACGCUUGCUGUUGGAUUUGUUCUGAUUCUCAUUUUUUUCGUUAUCUUAAAUUAACUAGUUGUGUAGAGGAUACAAUGAAUUUCUAUUCAGAAAAAUCGACAAAACUAACAGUAUUUGUACUGUUUAGUAAAACUGCAAUACAAUCUAUAUAGUUUGUUUUUCUUUUUGUCUGUGUAUUUAGUUCUUUGGGUUUGUGUGUGUUUGUGUUUGCUGUGGUGGGCAUGGCUUCGACUAGAUGAAGACACAAAUGCAAAUAUCGGUCUUUGAUUCAGGGUCAUGGAUUCAUCUUAGCCUGAGCAGACCAUGCAGUAUUUGAUGUAUAGACACAUAUGAGUAUAUAUCUAAUAGAGCUA